CCCCCUCCCCUUCCCCCUCCCCACCCACCCGACAGCCCGCGCCUCUCCGGCCGCCCUCUGGCACCGCUCUCUCCCCGCGGCCUCCAUGUUCGGCGAGCGAGAAGCCGAGUUUGGAUCGUCGCGUCUUUCGUGUCCGGAGCCGGGAAACUGUGCGCGCUGGCCGCUGAGCGUUCGCCCCGCUGAAGCCGGGCCUUGUUAUUGAGGCUGACAAGACAGCGGGUUUACCUUGGUGCUGUAGGCUCUGGAUAUAGACCUCAGCAAUCGGCAGCCUUUGAAAAAUCAUUGCACUAGAACAUUUAUUAAUCUCCUAGCACAUUAUUUAGAUGUAAAAAUGUGGACGGCUCUAAAGGGUGUUUGACUUCACCAGGUGUGUGCUUGUUAAAGGCUGCUGGAUGUCACACAGUAUAAAAUACAAUCAGUGGAGCCGGCUUAAGUGAAAGCCCGCUGUUUGUGAACAUUUCGCUACUCAUGCUGUGUUGAAUCGAGUCUUCUACAAUUACUUAGGUGCUAAAUUGCAACUAGAAGAAAAACAAAAUGUCUACUCGAACGCCAUUACCUACAGUGAAUGAACGCGAAACAGAACAUCACACUUCACAUAUGGAUGGCCGUUCAGAAGUUCCUUCUCGGUCAGCCCGCUCUGGGGGAGCACGAUGCCGUAAUUCGAUUACGUGUUGUGCUGAUGAACAGCCACACAUAGGAAAUUAUAGGCUUUUGAAAACUAUAGGCAAGGGAAACUUUGCCAAGGUAAAGCUGGCUCGACACAUCCUCACUGGAAGAGAGGUUGCAAUAAAAAUCAUCGACAAAACACAGCUGAAUCCUACAAGUUUGCAAAAGCUUUUCAGGGAAGUAAGAAUAAUGAAAUGUUUGAAUCAUCCAAAUAUAGUGAAAUUGUUUGAAGUUAUUGAAACGGAAAAGACUCUCUAUUUAGUGAUGGAAUAUGCAAGUGGAGGAGAGGUAUUUGAUUACUUGGUAGCUCAUGGAAGAAUGAAGGAAAAGGAGGCUAGAGCUAAAUUUAGACAGAUAGUAUCAGCAGUACAGUACUGUCAUCAAAAGCAGAUUGUGCACAGAGAUCUUAAAGCUGAAAAUCUACUAUUGGAUGCUGAUAUGAAUAUAAAGAUUGCGGAUUUUGGCUUCAGCAAUGAAUUUAUAAUUGGCAAUAAACUAGACACUUUCUGUGGAAGUCCUCCAUAUGCUGCUCCGGAACUCUUCCAAGGGAAGAAAUACGAUGGGCCUGAAGUAGAUGUUUGGAGUUUAGGUGUUAUACUUUACACAUUAGUCAGUGGUUCAUUGCCAUUUGAUGGACAGAACUUGAAGGAGUUAAGGGAAAGAGUGCUCAGAGGAAAAUAUCGGAUUCCAUUUUACAUGUCCACGGACUGCGAAAACCUCCUUAAACGUUUUCUGGUGCUCAAUCCUUCGAAAAGAGGUACAUUAGAGCAAAUCAUGAAAGACCGAUGGAUUAAUGCUGGUCAUGAUGACGAUGAUGAACUUCGACCUUAUGUGGAGCCAGAAUUGGAUAUUGCAGAUCCAAAGAGAAUAGAGAUAAUGGUUGGAAUGGGUUAUACUCGUGAGGAAAUCCAGGACUCCCUGGCAAAAAUGAAAUAUGAUGAGAUAACGGCAACAUAUUUGCUGCUGGGGCGAAAGUCUAAUGAGUUGGAAGUCAGUGAUUCAAGCUCCAGCAGCAAUCUUUCAUUAGCAAAGAUCAGGCCAAGCAGUGACCUCAACAAUAGCACUGGACAAUCCCCCUCCCAUCAUAAGGUCCAAAGAAGUAUUUCUGCCAAUCAGAAACAAAGACGGUACAGUGAUCAUGCUGGACCCUCUAUUCCACCAGUGGUAUCCUAUGCAAAAAGAAGUCAGACCAGCACAACAGACAGUGAUUUGAAAGAAGAAGUUCAGUCAAGGAAGUCAAGUACCACUGCUGUUGGAGGAAGAGGAAUUAUUCCGUCUAGCCCUAAAUUGGGAAAUGCUAACAAUCCUAAUAAAGCAGAGAUUCCUGAUCGUAAAAAGAAUUCUGCUGUUACUAGUAAUAAUACAGUGUCUGGAGGAAUGACCCGACGGAAUACAUAUGUCUGCAGCGAAAGAACCAACAUAGAUAGGCAUUCUGUAUUACAGAAUGGUAAAGAGAACAGUACUGCUCCAGGGCAAAGAACUCCUGUGACUUCCACUCACAGUAUCAGCAGUGCAACCACUCCUGACAGAAUCCGUUUCCCUAGAGGAACUGCAAGUCGUAGCACUUUCCAUGGUGGUCAGCUCAGAGAGCGACGAAAUGCAACCUACAAUGGACCACCUGCAUCUCCUACACUGUCUCAUGAUGCCACUCCUUUGUCGCAGACACGGAGUAGAGGCUCUACAAACCUCUUUAGUAAAUUGACCUCAAAACUCACAAGAAGAAACAUGUCUUUCAGGUUUUCCAAAAGGGUCCCAACUGAACCUGAGAGAAACGGGAGAUUUGAGGGCUCAAGUCGCAAUGUAUCUGGGGAUCAAAAAGAUGAAAUCAAAGAAGCAAAACCUCGUUCACUUAGAUUUACCUGGAGUAUGAAAACGACCAGUUCCAUGGAUCCCAGUGACAUGAUGAGGGAGAUCAGAAAGGUUCUUGAUGCAAAUAAUUGUGAUUAUGAACAGCGUGAACGUUUCUUACUCUUCUGUGUUCAUGGCGAUGGACAUGCAGAAAAUCUUGUCCAGUGGGAGAUGGAGGUUUGCAAGCUGCCGAGACUGUCACUUAACGGAGUUCGAUUCAAGCGAAUAUCAGGAACAUCCAUAGCUUUCAAAAACAUUGCUUCCAAAAUUGCCAAUGAAUUAAGGCUGUAAAAUACGGUUAAGCUAUAAUUUCUUAAAUAACAUUUCAUGAGUGUUUUUUUUCUGAACACUGGUGGAAAUUUACUGAAGAAAAUGUAUAGGAUAAUGCUUGCGCAAUAACUCUGUAACUUCAGAUCAUGGUAUUAUAAGACAGUGGAAAUUCUCAUGGGUGGGAUUGGGGGCGGGGGAGUAAAUAAGUUUUUGUUUUAAGAAGUGCACUACAGCAUAAUGUGUCCUAUCUGAACAGUUUGCCCCUUCAUCUCGGUUACUUAAAAUGUUUGUUUGUUAUUAAAGAUGUAACCCGUGAAAACAAACUGAUAUGAUUCCUGUAUUUGAAAAAAGAUGGAGGGGAGAAAAUCCAGCUGAAAUACAAUUGAAUGUGGGACAUGGAGAUACUCAUGUGUUUUCAAUCCUGCAUGCCUUCCCCCACUGGUACUGAUUCAGGUGCUUAGCUUUUCAAUGAUAAUGAACUAUAAGGAAAAAAAGCUCAUUUUUCAUCAGCUGUGUUUAAUGACCUUCAGAGAGUUGAGGUGUACCUAGUAUUUUCAUAAAGCAAUAUAUUACAAAAUGAGCAAGUUCUGCAAAUGGAAAAAAUUGCUGGUUGUAUUUAGACCUAUUAAUGAUAUUAAUUACCUGUGUUAAACCAGGAGUGCUGUGAUUUGGAAAUGACUUAAGUACUGUAGAUCACAGAUGCUAAAUCACACUUAGGGUUUCUCUACUGUAGAAAAUAUCACCAUCUGAGACUGGUUCCAUGAUCAAUUAGGGCAUCGAUUAUUUGGUUAUUAUUUUGGUUUAUUUUCAACAAAGUUUAGAUUGGAAACAGUUUUGUUCUGCCAUUCUAUAUUUAGCUGUAAUUAUUGUUAAUAUUGAAGAUGAUCAGUCCUCCACAAAUACUAGCUCAGUAAAAAUGUUUGAGUUUGUAAUUUAAAAGCUGGGCACUAUGGGACAAUAUUCACUUAAGUAUGCAUUUUGUUUUCCUUUUCAGCUGUCAGCACUGUCUUUGGAAUGUAAAUAAUGUAACUUAGUUUUGCGGACAGCAUCAUAUUUCGUUUUCCAUUUUUUUAAUGUUCUGUAAUGAGCCAGGAGUUAUGAAAUCAAUGUAAGUUGUCAGCAUUUAAGAUUCACUGAUUUCUUCAUUAAAGGAACAAAAUUAAAAUGUAUUUCUGCAAUGUCACAUGAAUUAAUAACUGAAAAUGUAUGUAUUGAACUUUGUAAUUGUUUUGUCAGUGAAUUAGGUGUGUCUAUUUAGUUUUUAUUUUACUGAAGUAGUUCUCACUUAUAAAAGUGAGUUGCUGACUACUGUACUACCAAGAAAGCUCAAUAGGAAGAGACAUAAAUGCAAGUUGGUGAAAUGGAUGUUCCAAUCUUUUUGCAAAUGUUUUCACUCAUUUUGGAAAUCUUUGUAUACUUUUCUAGACAGCCGACAGCAGGAAGUACACAGUACUUUUCACCAUAUUUUAGUAAUGUGACCCCAUUUCUCUGGGUGUGCCAUAUAUCUGUUAUGAUUUUUACUUUCUGUAGAAAGGAAUUUGGCCACUUUUAGCCUCUCAACUACUCUCAACUAAAAUCAUUGCAUGUGAUGGUUAUGAUAAUUUGGAUAAAUACUCCUGAUUUUAUUUUUAGUUGCAAUAAAAAGUGCAGCCAGCUGAAAUGAG